CGGUCAAGCUAAAGCUGAGGCGUAGCAAUGUGUGGUUGUAACGGUGAGGUAAAACUGUUUUGAAACCCCUGGGGCCAUCCAGCUCAUACUUCCAGUUCAAACAUGGUCUCCAGUUCUAGGCAAGGCGGAGCAAUAAGCCGAUCAGAAAGGCUACCGCUUUGUGUUCGCCGGCAAGGCAGAGGUGACAGUUAAGUGCGCAUCAUGCACCAUUCAGAGCAGCCGGCGAAACAAGCCAUGCCCAUGCUUGUACUAUUGCCAUUGCUGCUGCUGUGCUAUGGAGUUGGAAACGUCCACUGCUCAAAGGUUCAUGACAGCAGCAUCGAUCUGCAGGCACUGCUCGACUUCAAGCACGGCAUCACCAUCGAUCCGAAUGGAGCGUUGAACAAUUGGACCAUGAGAUCCCACUUCUGUCACUGGAAUGGUGUCGAGUGCACCUUGGAGCAACCACGGCGCGUCAGGGGACUCCAACUGACAAGCCAAAGUUUGUCAGGCCAAAUCAGCUCAUCUCUUGGCAACCUUACUUUCCUUAAUUACCUUGACCUCUCCUAUAAUAACUUUGUUGGUCCCUUACCUCUUCUUGGCCGCCUCCAACAACUGCAUAUUCUUUUUUUGUACAACAACAGUUUGUCUGGAAUAAUUCCUGAUGCACUUACAAACUGCUCCAAUUUGACCGCCAUAGAUUUAUCUUCAAACUUGCUAGUGGGUUCAAUUCCUCCGAAAUUAGGUCUACUAUCCAAUCUAGGAUAUCUCAACUUGAUGUCAAAUCAACUCAAUGGAAGCAUUCCUGGUGAGCUCGGCCAAUUAAAUUUAAAAACCUUAAUCCUUGGAGACAAUAGGCUUUCCGGUGAAAUUCCACAAGCCUUCUUUCGUCUUUCUUCUCUACAAUAUCUAAAUCUAGAGUCCAAUAUGCUAAGCAAGGCAUUGCCACCUAAUAUAGGAAAACUUCUCCCUCAUCUCGUAGAGUUUACGUUGGAAAACAACAUGUUUGAAGGUUCCAUUCCAGAUUCGCUUGGCAAUAAUGCUCUGGGGUUAACAAAGAUAGAUUUAUCAUAUAUUAAUUUCACAGGGCGAAUUCCUACUUCUUUGGGAAAACUUUCAAAUUUGACUUUCCUAAACCUUGAGGAUAACCAACUUGUAGCAAGGAACAACCAGGACUGGGAGUUUCUUAAUGCAUUAAGAAACUGUAGAUCCCUUGAGGUAUUCUCACUCUCUUACAAUGAGCUGCAGGGAUCUCUUCCACAGUCAAUCAGUAACCUACCCACCAGCCUUCAAGUGCUUCUGUUGGGUGGAAACAGCUUGUCUGGGCAAGUUCCACAUAGUAUAGGGAAACUUAGUGCCUUAACUUGGCUUGGACUUGGUGAGAAUAACUUUAGUGGCACAAUUGAAGGAUGGAUUGAAAAUUUGAAAAGCCUAGGAAGACUAAGUCUGCAAUCGAACAACUUUACGGGGCCAAUCCCAUCCUCUAUUAGCAAUCUUACUCGGUUGGUAAAACUACUGCUAAGCAAAAACGAGUUUGAUGGUUCCAUACCAGCUAGCUUGGGAAAUCUUCGACAACUCCUAUGGUUGGACCUUAGCUAUAACAACUUUCAAGGGUCUAUACCAGCGAACUUUGGAAAACUUGAACAACUCGUAUCGUUCCAAACUUGAACAACUCGUAUCGUUCGACCUUAGCCACAACAAUCUACAAGGUGACAUAACUCUAGAUAUUAGCAAACUUAAACAGCUCACUGACCUACAUUUUUCCUCAAACAAGCUUACUGGGGAAAUCCCAGAUUCUUUUGGCGAGUGUCAACAAUUAGAAACCCUCCUAAUUGACCAAAAUCACCUCACAGGAAACAUUCCAACAUCUUUCAAGGGCCUACAGAGCUUAAAAACACUAAAUCUUUCACACAAUAACUUGCCUGGCACCAUCCCAACCAUUUUGAAGGAUCUAUCACUUCUCAAUAAGCUGGAUCUUUCAUGCAAUCAUCUCCAAGGAGCAAUACCAAUUAGUGGAGUAUUUGCAAAUGCAAUGGCUGUUUCACUCAAUGGCAACUGGGGGCUCUGUGGAGGAGCGAUAGAUCUCCAUAUGCCUGCAUGUCCUGCAGUUUCUCGGGUAAUAGAAUGGAAACACUAUUUGACCAUCUUACUGAUCCUCACAUUUGGCUUCAUGUCACUUGGGAUGUCAAUUUACAUUAUGCUCGUUGGGAAGAAGGCACCAGGAAGACCAUGCAUAUUAUUGCAUUCUUUUGGUAAGAAAUUCCCAAGAGUUUCUUACAAGGAUCUAGCCCAAGCUAUAGAGAACUUCUCAGAGCUCAACCUAGUUGGAAGAGGAAGCUAUGGUUCAGUAUACAAAGGGAAGUUAACUCAAGCCAAACUCGAAGUUGCCAUUAAGGUCUUUGACCUAGAGACAAGAUUUGCGGACAAAAGUUUUAUUUCUGAAUGUGAGUCUUUGAGAACCAUUCGGCAUCAGAAUCUUCUUCCUAUACUAACUGCCUGCUCAACCGUUGACAAUAAUGGUAAUGAUUUCAAAGCCCUAAUUUAUGAGUUCAUGCCCAAUGAGAAUUUGGAUACAUGGUUGCAUCAGAAACGUGGUGGUGUAGCUCCAAAAUUUUUGGGCUUAGCUCAACGACUAAGCAUAGGUGUUGGCACGGCCGAUGCCAUAGCCUAUUUACACCAUGACUGUGGAAGGCCUAUUGUCCAUUGUGAUCUGAAACCAACCAAUAUACUUCUUGAUGAUGACAUGAAUGCUCAUUUGGGAGACUUUGGCAUUGCAAGUCUCAUCAUCGUUUCUAGAUCAAUAGCAGUUGGACAUUCAGGUUGUAGUAGUUCACUAGCUGUUAGAGGAACUAUAGGGUAUAUCGCUUCAGAGUAG